UUCAAAUUCAUUCCUACCUAUGAAGAAUAAAAUCUAAAAAUACUUAAGUGUUUACUUUUAAAUUUUAUCUACUUAUGUUUGGUUUGUCUCUGAAUUGGAGAUAUACUGAAAGAUAAACUGUAGCAGUAAAUGUCCAUUCUGAGCAGAAAAACACCAUAGUUUUGUGAGCAAAUACACAGAGAGAUGAGAAUGGAGAAGAUGAAUUACUCUUUGACCACACAAUUCAUCUUGGUGGGAUUCUCAGAUGACCCAGACUUGAAGACAUUUCUGUUCCUGGUGUUCUCUGUCAUAUAUCUGGUCACCAUGGUGGGGAAUCUUGGGCUGGUGACCUUGAUCUACAUGGAGCCCCGUCUCCACACACCCAUGUACAUCUUUCUGGGCAACCUGGCUCUCAUGGACUCCUGCUGCUCCUGUGCCAUCACUCCCAAGAUGCUAGAGAACUUCUUUUCUGUGGACAGAAGGAUUUCUCUCUAUGAAUGCAUGGCACAGUUCUAUUUUCUCUGUCUUGCUGAAACUGCAGACUGCUUUCUUCUGGCAGCAAUGGCCUAUGACCGCUAUGUGGCCAUAUGCAACCCUCUGCAGUACCACAGCAUGAUGUCCAAGAAGCUCUGCCUUCAGAUGAGCAUAGGCACAUUCAUAGCCAGUAACCUGCAUUCCAUGAUCCAUACAGGCUGUCUAUUAAGAUUAAAUUUUUGUAAAUCUAAGAAAAUUGAUCACUUCUUCUGUGAUAUUCUUCCCCUGUAUAGACUCUCCUGUACAGACCCAUUUAUCAAUGAAUUAAUGAUAUAUAUUUUUUCAAUGCCAAUACAAGUCUUUACCAUUGCCACUGUCUUGGUCUCUUACUUCUGCAUUCUUGUCACUAUUUUCAAGAUGAAAUCCAAGGACGGGAGAGGAAAAGCAUUUUUUACUUGUGCAUCCCAUUUUUUUUCUGUAUCAAUAUUCUACAUCUGCCUUCUCAUGUAUAUUAGACCAUUUGACGAAGGUAAUAAAGAUAUACCAGUGGCUGUGUUUUAUACAAUAAUAAUUCCUUUGUUAAACCCUUUUAUUUACAGCCUGAGAAAUAAGGAGGUAGUAAAUGCUGUUAAGAAAGUGAUGAAAACUUAUAGUAUUUUAAAAAGUGCUUCAGCCUCUAUAGCACAUUAA